AUGGAUGCCAAGCAAUCCUUCCCCGGAGGCUACGAGUACGAGCAGAGUCUCCCCGUGCUCACUCGGCCUUCAGCAUCCGCUCCGUCAACAUGGUCUGAAGCCGAUCCGAACCUGCACACGGACCCCUAUACAACAUCCAUGCUGUCGCACCCUCCAACUACGACUGCACCGCCAUCCCAGACCACAGCGCUAGCUUCAGCGCCGAAUGCGACAACCCAGCAGCCGGCUCAACCGGCUACCACUGCUGCUGCUACCACCACGACGGAGCGUAAUGCCCCUUCCAAGGUCCGCAAGCCCCGUAAGGCGGCCAAUGCUUCGGCGGGAAAGUCCACGCUCUUCUGGGUCCAUACCGACCCGGAUUCUGCCGCCUCGGGAACAAAAGAAGAAACCCUGAAGCGCAUUCGGUCUCAUGUUAUGUCAGAACACAAUCGUAAAAAGCGAUUGGAAAACACUAAGAAAUAUAAAGGCAAAUCCUGGAAGCAUUUGGCCUUUCAGCCACCAGAGACGAUUCCGGGGGGCAUGGGUCCGCCCCGGCCCCCGGCAUCCACGCCCUCGUCUUCGUCUAGCAGCAGUCGCUGGGGCUCAAAUGUUAGCGAGUCGCCCCCAUCAAAGCAUGAAUUAGUGCCUACUACGACCGCCGUGGAUUACUAUCCGCCCGUCACAGCUGACACGGCAACUUGGGUCGGGCAAACCUGGAGCGAUGAUUCUUGGGAUGACAGUAGCUAUGAUGGUGUCGUGGGAUACCCUACGAAAUCAUCACGCUAUUCUCCAUGGUCGUAUGUGGGAUCGGGUGCACACGAUCCGUUUAAUACGGGUCAUACCCAGCUCACAGACCGUAUGAUGAGACAUUUACAGAACUUCCUGUGGGAUUUGACCCAAGAAGCGCAUCCAUUGCAGACACGGUAUAAACCAAAGUUGCAGGCCCAUUGGGCCGCUCUUAUCCAGCGAGACCCGGCCAUUCUCCAUGCGGCAAUUUGUAUGUCUACUUCAAACGCAGCCAUGCAAAGGGGCGAGUUGCCUAUCCGAGAUCCGAAUCAGCAUCGCAGUGCCCUGGUGGUUGAUACAUUCCACCAUCGAGGCGAGACGAUCAGAUUGGUGAAUGAAGGGCUAUCGGACCCGGUGAAGUGUUCUAGUGAUGAAUUGAUCGCUGCAGUGUCUACACUAUUAACCAUCGAGAUCGCCUCGGGUAACCCCGACUAUCUCAAGAUCCAUCUGGCUGGCUUGCGUCAAAUGAUUGGAAUGCGCAAGAACUUUGCCGACGUGCUUCCUGACGUCCGAUUCCAAAUUAAUUGGACGGACAUCCGAGUCGCCUGCAUGGCCCUCACCAAACCCAUCUUCCCCUUCGUCCGGUCCACCCGGCCCCCACGCUUGACGCUCCUCCCGCCUAGCGACGACGUUGCCCUCUGCGCAACCCGUCUUCUCCCCCUCAUGAAAAUCCCAGGCAUCUUCAGCGACAGCUUUUCUAAAAUCAUCUACGACCUGCUCGAGCUCUCCUGGUACGCCGAGUGGAUCAAAGGUAGCAGCGGCUACAAGGAAUUCGAUGAAGAGACGGAAGAUUACUUCAACUUUGAAGUCCUCUACGUCGAGUAUUCCCUUCAUGCAGACCGAUACACACCCACCGGCCAAAUCAAGGGCGACAACUCGAUCGAGGGCUGUACACGCCUGGCCUGUCUUUGCUUCCACAACAGUGCCAUCUGGAGCUUCUACCCCAUGCUUGCGCCCCUGCUGCCAAAGCCCCUUCUAGCCCUGCGCGCCGCGCUAGAAGCAACCAUUCCCACGGGCCUGUUCGCAUUGUGCCGCGACCUCCUGAUCUGGGUGCUUUUCAUCGGCGCAGCUUGUAGCCAGGUGAUGCCUUCUGAACGCACAUAUUUCGUCACGGAACUAGCUGCUGCCACCAGAAUGCACGGCGUGACCUCCUGGCAGGAGUGUCGGUCUAUCCUGCUGGGAUUCUUCCAUGCGGACCGGGUCCAUCUGGUCACGCUGCGGCAGGUGUGGCAGGAAGUUCAGGGACGGCUGGAGCCGGCUGGUGUGUGA